AUGGCAUUUUCUUAUAUAUCUUUUGACUCACAAAAAACACGUUUAUUUCUUACAUUUACAUUUCAACUCUUAUUGUUGUUUGUCCAUCAAUCGAGAGCCACAAACUUUAAUAAACAUUUUGACAUAACUUGGGGUGGUGGGCGUGGUAAGAUCAUUGGUGAUGUUCUUACACUCUCACUUGAUCGAGUUUCUGGCUCGGGAUUUCAGUCUAAAAAAGAGUAUCAUUUUGGGAGAAUCGAUAUGCAAAUAAAACUUGUACCUGGAAACUCUGCUGGAACCGUCACUGCAUACUAUUUGUCGUCGCAAGGGCCGACCCAUGAUGAGAUAGACUUUGAGUUUUUGGGCAAUUCAACUGGUGAACCGUACACACUUCAUACCAACGUCUAUACUCAAGGAAAAGGCGAAAGAGAGCAACAAUUUCGAAUGUGGUUUGACCCGACUUCUAAAUUCCACACUUACUCCAUCGUUUGGACUCCUCAAACUAUUAUUUUUCUUGUAGAUGAAACACCAAUAAGGGAAUUCAAGAACAUGGAAUCAAUUGGUGUUCCAUUUCCAAAACAUCAACGAAUGAGGCUAUAUUCGAGUCUAUGGAAUGCCGACGAGUGGGCAACGAGAGGCGGCUUAGUCAAGACUGACUGGACCCAAUCCCCUUUUACCGCUUCAUAUAGGAACUUUGGUGUUAAAGCUAGAUCAGUUCUAUUUGGACUAGAUUCUACUCGUGACCAAAAACUAAAAUGGGUUCGGGAAAACCAUAUGAUAUACAACUAUUGCACCGAUACUAAGCGAUUUCCUCGAGGAUUUCCACCCGAAUGCACGGUUAAGGUUUAA